AUGGUGGUGAUGAAGGUAUAUGGAGAUGAGAUGUCAGCGUGCGUAGCACGUGUUCUUCUCUGCCUUCACGAGAAGAACACCGAGUUCGAGCUUGUCCCCGUCAAUCUCUUUGCUCGCCACCACAAGCUCCCUUCCUAUCUCUCCAUGAACCCCUUUGGCCAAGUUCCAGUUCUACAAGACGAAGACCUUACACUUUUUGAGUCGAGGGCAAUCACUGCUUACAUAGCAGAGAAACAUAAAGACAAAGGAACAGAUUUGACAAGACACAAAGACUCAAAAGAAGCAGCCAUUGUGAAGUUAUGGUCGGAAGUCGAAGCCCACCAUUUCAACCCGGCGAUCUCAGCCGUCAUCCACCAGCUCAUCGUCGUGCCACUUCAAGGUGAGGGAUCUCCUGAUGCAACCAUCGUUGAGGAGAAUCUAAAGAAGCUAGAGAAAGUGCUCGAUGUAUACGAAGAGAGACUUACAAAGGCAAAAUACUUAGCCGGAGAUACUUACACACUCGCUGAUCUCCACCAUGCUCCUUACAUUUACUACUUCAUGAAGACGAGUCAUGCCGGUUUGGUUAAUGACCGUCCUAAAGUCAAGGCGUGGUGGGAAGAUCUCUGUUCUCGUCCGGCUUUCGUUAAAGUCUCUCCUGGCUUAACCGUUGAACCGACCACGAACUGA